AUGGUCAACGUUCCUGUCUUCGUUCCUCUUUUUGCUCCACUCCACGACAAAUCUGAGCGUAAAAUCACUGAGGUUCUCGUCAGGGUUAAAGGUGAGUUCGACCCACUCCCUCCUUUGUUUCUCCGUGCGCAAAGCAGUGGAACUUGCGACUUGCCAACUAAGCAAAAUGAGGAACGCCUCAUAGCCUACGCAUUCCUUCUGUCGAAUCGGUGGGACGUUGAAAAGACCAUGAAGGCUAUUCGUGAUAUGUUGAAGUUCCGCGAGCGGUACCAGAUUGAUUCACUGCUUGUGCACCCGAGUCCGUUCUGUGUUCGUGGGUUUGACGAAGAAGAUUUAUGCGCUCGGUUGAACAUCAAGAUGCGCCCUACCGUUACGGAACGUGAAAAGAUUGUUGCCACUCUCUGCACCAGUCUUCAUUUUGGCAUUCAUUUCUGGGACAAGCACGGCAUUCCAGUCGCGUACUGGCUUGUUGGUAAGGCGGAGGUGCAUGACACGUUGCGCAAGCUAAAGCAGCAGACUCCAGUGGGGAAGACGGCAGCAGAUCUUGGCAAAGGGUGCGCGGCCUACGCGCUGGAGGUAGGGUGGAAUAUCUGCCGCUACCAGAGCAUGCGUCUACAGGAGCGGGCGGUGCCGGGCAUUGCGCCGGCCGAGGGCAGGCUGCAGGCCGUGACGGUGGUUUUGGACGCCUCUGGUUUGGGGUACAAGGAUUUGUCAAGGCCCGCUUUGGAGUUGUUACAUGAAGUGCUUUGGGAGCUCCAGGCACACUACGCCGACGCAGUAAAUCGUCUACUGGUUGUCAAUUGCCCCCGCAUGAUUAUGUUCGCGUACAACAUCCUGAAGCGGUCACUCCACGAGGGAUUUCAAAAGAAGAUCACAUUUGUAAGUCCAGCCGACACGCCGGAGGCCCUUGAUAUCGUCAUUGGUAAGGAGCGCGUGCCGUCUUUUUUGGGCGGUCACUGCAGCUGUCCCAAUGGCUGCAUUGCCUCCUACGACCCCAAUGCUGCGUUCACUGCGGAGGAAGAGGAUGAAGGUGACGUUGUCACGGAGGACAUCAAUCUGAAGCCGGGGAAAACUCUGGAGAAGGCGUUCGAGUUGGAGAAGGGAGAAGAGGUCGUGUGGGAAUUUGUCUCCACCUCCGGCGCCGAUGUACGAUUUUUGGUGAAUUUCUACCCCAAGACAGAGGGCAUCUCCGUUCACCCAGAGAGGAAGCGCGUGGUCAUCGACAAGAGUAUCAAGAAAACGACGAAGGAGCACCCACUUGUGCAUGAGUCAAAGCUGGCAGAUGGUGCCGAUCGUUUUUGCGCCCCGCAAGACGGUGUGCUGCAACUCGUCUGGGACAACAGCCGCUCUUGGGUGCAGAGGAGGCCGAUACAAAUGCGGGUGUACAAGAAUUCCCCACUUGCCGACGGCUCGGAGGACUGA